CAACACUUCCCCAUCUCAUCAUGUUCUUUUAAAAAAGAAUUCCACACACAACACACACUAAAUCACCAAGAAUCACUACAACUCACAUGGCAAACCCUACAACCAUUCUUUUCACAUCACUUUUCCUCGCAUCUCUCCACCAAUCAUCACAAUCCAUUCCAACCAAUUCGACCACGUACGACGUCGUGGAAUUAGGAGCGAAUCCCAACGGUGAAAUCGAAUCCACAAAUUCCAUGUUGAGAGCAUGGUCCUUAGCUUGUGCCUCCACAACUCCACCCACUAUUUACGUGCCACGUGGCAGAUUCCUCCUCAAGAGCCUUCACUUCAAGGGCCCGUGCAACAACACCGCCGUCACGCUCCGCAUCGACGGCACCCUAGUGGCCCCGCCCGACUACGCCGCCACUGGCGGCGCUGCCUAUUGGCUCCUCUUCGAAGGGGCCCACGGCGUCUCCAUACGCGGCGGCGUCCUCGACGGUCGGGGCUCGGCCUUGUGGGCUUGCAAAAUGAACGGCGAAAAAUGUCCCGAUGGCACCACGACAUUGGGAAUUUCGAAUUCGAAAAAUGUGACAAUCUCUGGAUUGACGUCUCUAAAUAGCCAAAUGUUUCACAUUGUGAUCAAUGGUUGCAAAAAUGUAAUGUUACAAGGAGUGACCAUUUUGGCCUCUGAAAAUAGCCCCAACACAGAUGGAAUUCAUGUCCAAUUGUCGACGGGAGUCACGAUUUUGAACUCCAAAAUCGGCACCGGCGACGACUGCAUCUCGAUAGGGCCGGGCGCCACCGGCUUGUGGAUCGAGGGCGUCGGUUGUGGCCCCGGCCACGGCAUUAGCAUUGGGAGCUUAGGUAAGGAUUUUGAAGAGGAAGGGGUGGAAAAUGUGACAGUGAAAAGGGUAACAUUCACAAACACACAAAAUGGAGUGAGGAUAAAGGCAUGGGGGAGACCAAGCAAAGGGUUUGCAAAGGAUGUUUUGUUCCAACAUGCCAUUAUGUCUAAUGUCCAAAACCCUAUAGUCAUUGAUCAAAAUUAUUGUCCAAGUAACAAAAAUUGUCCUGGCCAGGUAUCUGGGGUUAAAAUCUCUAAUGUGUCUUAUCGAGACGUUCAAGGCACAUCGGCAACAAAAGUGGCCGUGAAAUUCGACUGCAGUGAGACCAGUCCAUGCCAUGCCAUCAAAUUGGAAAACGUUAAUCUCAGUUACAAACAUCAACCAGCACAAGCAAUCUGCUCCAACGCCGCCGGCACCGUGGCCGGCGUCGUCGAGCCCUCCAGCUGCUUGUUUUGAGACAAGGAAAUCAACAAAAUCUUCACACAUAAAUAAUAGGUAAUUAAAUAUAUAUAGUGUUGUUGGGGUUCCGGUCCAAUUUUUGACAGAUUAUUAGUACAUGUUUAUUUAGUUGCUUAUAAUAGUAGUACUGAUAUAUAUACACAAUUCUAUAAUUAAAUGUAAUUUAAUUAACACAAGAACUAGGUCUUCAAAUUGAGGGAGUUACAAUUUAA